AAGCGGCAUUUAAAUCACUAUUGAUAUACACUAGGUCGCUCAGUAGCUACGUCACGAAACCUCGAUACUCUACCACUAUACGUACUGACAGGAACAAUACCAUAUAUAUUUUUAGUCAGAAUAAAUUCCCCUUUUUCCAUACCCAGGAAAAUCUGCAGCAUGUUGAAUUCCGGAAUUUUGACCAAAAUGGUAUAUAUAAUGAGAUGUCGCAUAUGUUGGGUCAUUCAGCUAACCUGGAGUAGAACUAGAAGCAACUUUAUAGUCGUCAACUUGAAAUAUAGUUUUAAGGCAGUAGACCUUGCUGAUACCAGAUAUGCAGUACUCGUUCUGGAAGACUCUGUGCAUCAAGGAAAAUAUAAUGAUUGAUGACAACGACACAUUUCCCACGAACGUUAAUACAACAAAGCUACAAAGUUACAAUACCAUGAAUCCCAAGGAAAUCGUUACAGAGGGCCCGUUUAACUUUGAAACAUCAACCGUUGUCAAUGUUCUAAUGGCAGUAGUAACUUUGUUUGUGUUCUGUUUCCUCACAAGAAAACUAUCACAUCAAAAACAGGAUGGCGAUGAAAAGGCAUCUAAAUUAAAGGCGGAUCCAACUUCUGGUACAGCUGACUACCCAGUUAAUGAGGAUGGGGUAUCCUUGUUGUCCAGGCUUACCUACUAUUGGGUACAUCCACUGCUGAAGAAAGGAAAUGAAACGGCCAGUCUCUCAUCUGAGGACAUGUUUCAUUUGCCAAACAGUCUUAAUGUAAAGAAAAUACAAGAAGCGUUCUCGAACAGAUUUCAACCAGACGACGAUCUUGGUUCAAAGGCAGAUAAGAAAAAGCCUACCUUACUUCAGGCGUUAUUCAAAGCCUACGGGCUGGAAUUCUUUCUGUAUUGUGGUAUCUUAGAGUUGAUUGCGCAACUGAUCAACUUCACAGGUCCCAUAUCUCUUGGAUUGCUGAUUUCGGUUUUCGAAAAUGGAGAUGAACCAUCACACAAUGGAUAUCGCUACGCGUUUUUAUUGUUUUUGUCCAGCUUUGGAAAAGCUCUUCUAGAGAGUAGAUUUCACUUUGUACGUAUGCAUGCUUUUUUCAAAGUAAGAAUUUCCAUUAUGACAGCAAUAUAUAAGAAAGCAUUACAAAUAAGUACUGUAUCAUUAUCAAAAUUCAGCACUGGUGAGCUUGUCAACUUUCUUGGGACUGAUACCGAUCGAACGAUGCGCUUUUGCCAUUGUUUCCAUGCCCUAUGGAGUCUUCCAUUUGAAACAGUUAUAUGUUUGUAUAUCUUGUAUCAACUGGUUGGGAUUGCCAUGUUAGGAGGCCUGAUUGUUGCUUUGGUGCUUGUUCCUAUCAACAAGAUAAUAUCAUCGAAACAGAUUGCUCUCGGAAAGGUGCUUAUGGAACAGAAAGACAAGAGAACGAAUUUGAUGAACGAGGUGUUGGGCGGAAUAAAGAUAAUCAAGCUUUACACUUGGGAAGAUCACUUCCAGAAGAUGAUUGAGAAACUUCGUGACGCUGAGUUACAGAUCAUCAAACAGAGAAAAGUUCUUGGAGCCAUCACCGGAUAUUUGUGGACUCUGACCCCUAUCUUUAUGACUGUACUGACUUUCAGCGCCUACUCUAUGAUGGGAAAUACCCUAACCGCCGCUAAGAUGUUUGCGAGUCUGGCACUGUUUCUGAAACUGUUAGGAUCACUCAACCAUCUCCCUUGGGUCUUUAAUGCUAUAACAGAAGCAGUUAUUUCCCUCGGAAGGAUUGAAAAGUUCAUGGCAUCGAAAGAUAUUGACCUCAAAAGUUAUUACGCACAAUUACAAGAAUCGCCGGAAAACAGAAAUGUGAUAUCGGUGAACACAGGAAAGUUUACAUGGGAAGGUGAGAAGUUAAAAAGCAAUGAGCCAAAUGAAAAUAUGACUGAGUCUACAAGCAGGCCAGCGACGACAACCACUACAUCAGGAACCCUUUGUCUGCGAGAUAUUUCUGUCGAUAUCAAAGAGGGCCAGUUUAUAGGAGUGAUUGGCAAAGUUGGUUCUGGGAAAAGUUCCUUCUUGAACGCUAUCCUUGCGGAGAUGUCUCGAAAAGAAGGCGAGAUUUCCGUGUCUAAUCUCAGAAAUGGAUUUGCUCUGGCGGAUCAGGAGCCUUGGUUACAACAAGCUACCGUCCGGGAUAACGUUACAUUUGGCAGUCCAUUUAGCGCUAAGAAAUACGCCGAAGUUAUUGAUGCAGCAUCUCUCAAGAAAGACAUUGAGAUGUUACCGGCUGGCGACAAAACAGAAGUUGGUGAGAAUGGCGUUACAUUGAGUGGAGGCCAGAAAGCUAGACUCGCUCUAGCGAGAGCAUUAUAUCAGGAUAAGGAUGUAUACCUUCUUGACGAUCCUUUAGCAGCAGUGGAUGCUCAUGUGGCACAACAAAUGUAUGACAAGUGCAUCAUGGGAUUACUAAAAAAUAAGACCAGAAUCCUAUGUACACAUCACACGCAUUUCCUUGGGGAGGCAGAUCUGGUCAUUGUCAUGGAUGAUGGAGUAAUCUCCAAAAUGGGUCCCCCAUCUGAGGUUCUUCCGGAUAUAAAAUUUGCGGAACGGAAAUCUCCGGAAAAAGAAAACGUGGAAGUAGAACACAAUGACAAAAGCGACAAGGACGGGAAACUUGGUGAAGAGGCCAAGGCUACAGGAGAAGUGAAGUUAGGAGUGUACAAAGCAUACCUGUCAGCGUUAGGUAAAUGGCUCGCCAUCACCAUGGUUAUGUCCAUUGUCUUCAUGCAAGUGUCGGAGAUGUUGAAGGACUGGUGGCUGACUCACUGGGUAUCUAAUCCUAACACGAAUGUUGUCAAGUCUUCCCUCUCUGGAUAUCAAUGUUUUCAUGAUAACAUAUCAACAUCCAACACCUUCCAUGAACGUUAUGACUCAACGCAGAGUGCGACAUCCAGACAAUCCAGACUGGUCUACUACAUGGUGGUCUACGCGUGUCUCUCUGCUGUUUAUUCUCUCUUCUCUUUGGCCAGAGAGAUUCUCUUUGCCUAUAGUGGGAUGAAUGUAGCUAGGACCAUGCACAGCGAUCUACUCAAUACCAUGUUUAAAGCGCCAAUGUCAUUCUAUGAUGUGACUCCUGUAGGACGAAUCCUCAACCGAUUUUCAUCAGACAUGGGGACCGUCGACGACUCAAUAAGUCAAAUGGUCAUGGUGGUUCUGAGUCAAUUUUUCGAAGUUGUUGGAACUAUAGUCAUGGUGUGUUACGGAAUGCCUUGGUUUAUAGCUAUCAUUAUACCUGUGGGCUCAAUCUACUAUCGGUUACAGGAGAGAUAUCGUCACACAUCACGAGAAGUCAGACGAAUUUCAAGUCUUAACCGGUCACCUCUCUCCUCCCACUUCUCGGAGACAGUGUCGGGAUUGGUCACAAUUCGAGCAUUCCGUGAAUCAGAGAGAUUCACCGACCAGCACAUUAAUCGAAUGGACAACUGGUUAAAACCGCAUUAUACAGCUCACAAUCUAGGGAUGUGGCUUUGGCUCCGGACGCAAAUGUUUGGAAUUAUCAUGGUUACUGGAAUAGCUACUAUGGCUGUGAUCCAACACAAUUUGUAUGGCAUCGAUCCAGGAGUUGUCGGACUUGCCAUAUCCUAUAUCCUAUCGCUGUCUGGACUUUUAAAUGGAAUCGUCAACUGUGUGACUGAAACAGAGAAACAAAUGGUCAGUGUAGAAAGGGUUCAUGAGUAUAUAGAAGACACACCAAGCGAGAAAUGGAAAGGUUUACAGUCCUCACCGGCGUGGCCAGCUGCAGGCGUCAUCAGCUAUAGUGACGUGUAUAUGAAGUACCGAGAUGGUUUACCUAAUGUCCUCAAAGGCCUCACGUUCAGCACACGACCUGCAGAAAAGGUGGGAAUUGUUGGACGUACUGGAUCCGGGAAGUCCAGCCUUUUCCAGACACUGUUUCGUACAGUAGAGAUAAGCUCUGGCGAUAUUACCGUUGAUGGGAUGAACAUCCAGCAACUGGAUCUUAAAGACGUCAGACGACAUCUGGCUGUGAUUCCCCAGGAUCCGUUUCUCUUUAGUGGUACCGUCAGGGAAAAUCUGGAUCCCACGUCCUCCUACAGUGACGAGAAACUUUGGGGUGUUCUGGACAGAUGUCAUCUCCGUGUGUCUGUCGACAGAUUGGGGGGACUCGAGGGAGAAGUGGGAGAAAAAGGACGACAUUUUUCUGUAGGACAGAAACAGCUCGUGUGUUUGGCCCGAGCGCUUCUCACUAAGGCAAAGGUGUUGUGUAUUGACGAAGCCACGGCCAGUGUAGAUCUAGAGACAGACAAGUUGAUUCAAGAAACAAUUCGCAAGGAGUUCGUGAACAGUACCGUGCUAACAAUUGCCCAUCGUAUCAACACUAUAAUGGACAGCGACAGAGUGUUAGUGAUGGACCAGGGUCAAGUGGCUGAACUGGACACUCCAGAAAAUUUUCUGAAAAACCCACAAUCUGAAUUCUACCAGUUAGUUCAUGGGAAACAACAAUCUUAGAAAAAAAGCAGAAACAUGCAGUUUGGGAUAUAUUGCGAUAAUCAAAUAAACGUAUUGCAUGUAAAGUUCGUUAUCAAUGAAGAAUUAAUAGGAUUAUCAUGAAUUAUCUAUACAUCUAGAAUUUGCCAGCCGUUCAGUAGACUGUACAUUAUUUAGGGUCGAUGAAUUAGUAUUAGUUUGAUAUAUGUUGAAAGUACAAAUCGCUUAUGAAGCAUUCGAUAAUAUUAACUCUAAUAUGAUUAUUGUAUUUUUAAAGCUGCUAUUAAAGGUGCUUGUUCAAGUUUUUUGUCAAUGUUCAUGACGUAUAGAAAUCUGUGAAGUAUGUUACAUAUCUAGUCCAAAGUAAGAUGCUAUGGUGUUCAACAAAUAUUAUAUAAAAUUGAUAUUUGUGUAUUACAAAAUGUAUAUUUUGUACAUUUAAACGUCAGACUGAUGGCGCAAUAUCAAACUUGUUACACUGUUUGUUAUUAGUUCAUUUUAUUCGUUAUGCAAUAUGUAUUAAUACUUACGUGAUAUACUUUAUCUUAUCUUAUUUUAUGAGUAACUAUAUAUUUCCCUAUACAUAUAUUAUAAAUAACGUUAACUGUGUAUUAUUGUGGAAUCAAAUUAUGUGAUUUUUUCUUUGUGUAUGUAAUGCAAAACUACCUAUAUGCCAUAACUGACGGGUAUUGUAAAUUACACGGGAAACUGGUUUGUUCAUCUUUAGAAUGUUAUGAAGGAUGCUGAUGUAUUUGGUAUGGUGUUGGCUGAAUUAAUGAGCAAUGCAAUAGUGUGUAUGUUAUUAUAAAGAUUGAUAAUGAACUUUAUCUUUUGCAUGGUGUCGUAUGGAAAACUCAUGAAAAUAAUUUCCGUGUGUACUUUAAAUCUUGAUGCUGUCCUUGGCGGGAGUUAUGAGUACAAGGAAAUUAACGUUUGGUUGAAAGAUUAUGAGUACGGAAUGAAUGUAAUGGGGGGAUACUUUGUUAAUUGUACUUGGUUACCUAUUUUGAAUAAAUAAUACGAUUGUUAAAACAG